AUGGGACCCACCGAGCCCCUACCCAAAGCAAAGGUUUCGAUUCCCUCUCGCGGGGCACCUGGUCCGUGGGCCCGAACAGCCUGCUCGGCCCCGCGUGUCAGGGACGGUCGGACGGAGACGCGGCUCCUGGGCACGGUUAUACCGGACACGGGCCGGCGCGGCCCGCGGGAAGGCCCAGAUAAAAAUAAAAGAGCAGCGGAGCGGAGCAUGCUCUUCCUCCAGUGCCAGCAGCCUCGCGUCCCGUCCCCGUCCGCGUCGGCGCCGCCUUUCCGUCCCCGCGUCAGCGUCGCGGCUCCACUGAGCGUGCGCGUCACCGGCGGGAGGCGAGCGCAGGCGGUGGUGGCGAUGGCGUCCGCCGACGCGCGCUUGGCGGGGAUCGCCUCCUCCAUCCGCGUCAUCCCCGACUUCCCCAAGCCAGGGAUCAUGUUCCAGGACAUCACGACGUUGCUACUCGACCCCCAGGCGUUCCGUGACACCAUCGACCUCUUUGUUGAGAGGUACAAGGACCAAGGGAUCACUGUAGUUGCUGGUGUUGAAGCUAGAGGGUUCAUUUUCGGUCCUCCUAUCGCUUUAGCCAUCGGUGCAAAAUUUGUACCUUUGAGAAAGCCAAAGAAGUUGCCAGGCGAGGUGAUCUCCGAAGAGUAUUCUUUGGAAUACGGAACUGACAAGAUAGAAAUGCAUGUUGGAGCUGUACAGGCCAACGAUCGGGCUCUUGUAGUCGAUGAUCUUAUUGCCACUGGUGGGACACUCUGUGCAGCUGUCAAACUUAUUGAACGUGUUGGAGCAAAGGUUGUUGAGUGUGCUUGUGUCAUUGAAUUGCCAGAACUGAAGGGCCGAGACAAACUUGGGGACAGGCCAAUUUUUGUCCUUGUGGAAGCAGACGCUUGA